CUGUUUGAAGUCGGCGCUCGUUCCCGGGAAGAUCUGCUGCUCGCUCCCGCGGCCAUGUCGCCAUUUUGAUUCUAAAUUUUUGAGUUUUUCCUCUUUGCAUGCUAAACUUAGCCCCGCGUUUGUGUCGCUUCGUUCGCGUGUGUAAACCCUCACCUCUAUAUCUAAACAAUACACGGAGCCCUAUUGUGUCGAGUAGUCAUUUAGCACAGGGGAGCGGCUUUUAGAUGGCUCUGAAAAGCGACAUUUGACUAGCCAAGUUGGGCUAGCUGACAGCAGACUGAGCUCUUCUUCAAAACAAAUCACUCAGUGGCUAACGGACGUUAGCCCUCUCAGCCUGCUACGAGUUAGCCUCAUUUCUAAUGACUUUAUACUUCUUGACGGCAAAAAUACACAAAAACUGAGACAGACGGAGGGAGCAACAGUCGACUUUUAGUCGAAGUUUUACAGGUUAUGAGUCUUUCUGCGUCUCAUCUCCUGAAGAGGCCUGCAUUUUAAGAAGAGACUGAUGCUGAUAAAUGCCAGGCCUCGCCACACUCUCUCCUGUCUGCACAAAUAUAAAUGCCUGCCUGCCCCCGGGGGAGGUCUGAUUAACGAUAUCCACAUUUCAUCCACUGGGCUGUGCCCCUCGUCCCAGCAGCCACCAUGUUUUGGAAGUUUGACCUACACACCACCUCCCACAUCGACCAGCUGCUGGACAGAGAAGACGUGACGCUGAAAGAGCUGAUGGAGGAGGAUGACGUCCUGCAGGAGUGCAAGGCCCAAAACCGCCGGCUGCUGCUCUUCCUCUCCCAGGACCACUGCAUGCAGGAGCUGGUCAGCCUCAUCACCACAGAGCCACCCGCUGACCUGGAGGAGAGGAGCCGCUUCAAAUUUCCUAACAUUGCUUGCGAGCUCCUGACCUCAGAUGUGUCUCUUAUCAACGAUAAGCUCGGCGGGGACGAGUCUCUGCUUGAAAUGCUUUACCACUUCCUGGAGCAGGACCCCCCCCUCAACCCCUUACUGGCCAGUUUCUUCAGCAAAACCAUCGGCAAUCUGAUUGCCAGGAAAACUGAACAGCUGAUUACCUUUCUAAAGAAAAAAGAAGGCUUCAUCGGUCUAGUGCUCAAACACAUCGAUGCCUCUGCCAUGAUGGACCUGCUGCUUCGCCUCAUCAGCUGUGUGGAGCCCGCAUCACUGAGGCAGGAGGUCCUGCAGUGGCUGAAUGAGGAGAAGUUGGUACAGAGACUCACGGAGCUGAUCCAUUCUGGUAAAGAUGAAGAGAGACAAUCAAAUGCCUCCCAAACACUUUGUGACAUCAUUCGCCUUAGUCGAGACCAGGCCAAUCAGAUGCAGGAGAACGUGGAGUCUGACCCACUUUUGGCUGUCAUAGAAAUGCAGGAGACGGUAGCAGGACUUCUCAAAAACAUGUUUGAGGGGGAAAGAAGCGAGACCUCCAUCGUUAACGGGACUCAAGUGCUACUUACCUUAUUGGAGACCAGAAGGUCUGGGUUGGAGGGGUUGAUGGAUCUGUAUUCUCAGGGUUAUGAAAGGUCUUACACUGUCAGCAGCAGUAUUUUAAAUGCCAUCGAGUCCCAUCUAAAGGACUUCCAGCAGGUCCUUCUGGAUCCCCCUAAGAAAAGUGCAAUAUUGACGACCGUUGGCGUUCUCGAGCAGCCUCUUGGGAACGCUCGCCUUCAUGUGGUUCGGCUAGUGGCUGCUUUGCUGCAGACCAGUUCACCCACCAUCUGCCAGGAGCUCUGCAAUCUCACCACCAUGGACCUACUACUGGAUCUGUUCUUCAAAUACUCCUGGAAUAACUUUUUGCACUUCCAAGUGGAGCUGUGCGUGUCGGCCGUGCUGAACCAUCCGUCUUCAGAGGAGCUGCCCGCCCCGGGCCUCCAGAACCACGAUGCAAAGCCCGCUGAGGCCAGCUCAGAUACGCAGGGAGAAGGAGCAGAGACGAGUUCAGCCAGCGAGCCACAGACCUCUGUUCAUAACGCCCUUGUAGCACAUCUCUUCCAGAAGUGUCGCUUGGUUCAAAGGAUCCUAGAUGCUUGGGAGGAGAAUGAUAAAAUACAGGCUAACGGUGGUACCAGAAGAGGAAACAUGGGUCACUUGACGAGAAUUGCCAACAUGGUGGUGCAGAACCUGGAGAAAGGCCCAGUCCAGGCCCAAAUUGCUGACCUCAUCAAAGAGCUGCCGGAAGACUGCAGGGGUCGCUGGGAGAGCUUUGUGGACGAGACUCUGAGAGAAACCAACCGGAGGAACACAGUGGAACUGGUGAGCACCCACAACAUGCACUCGUCCAGCGAGGACGACGACAUGGAGGGCCCCUUCCCCAACGACCUGUCCCUGCAGCAGACUUUCGCAGACUAUCAGAUCCAGCAGAUGACCGCCAACUUUGUGGAUCAAUUUGGCUUCAACGACGAGGAGUUCAGUGAACACGAUGAAAACAUCAACGCCACAUUUGAUAGAAUCGCUGAAAUAAACUUCAAUCUGGAUGCUGAUGAUAACAGUGCCAACGCAGCAGCUUUUGAGGCCUGCUGUAAGGAGAGGAUACGCCAGUUCGACGAUGCUGAAGAGGAGGAGGACAUUUGGGAGGAGAAGGAGAUCAACUAUGCAACACAAGCUAAAUCCAGAACGAGGUUCGGGGUCUCUCAGACUUCGGAGAGUAGCUCUAGAAGCAGCAUGGAGAACGGCGGCCAGCAGCGGGACCACGGGUCCGAGUCGGACGACGGCGACGACUCCGAGCAGAACUCCUCGGAUCCUGGCUGGACGGCAGACUUCAGGGAUUCCGGAGGGACCGGCGCGUCCCCGAGCGGAGCCGGGUGGGAGGCACCUGUAGACGGCGGGGGGGACGCGGGGAAGAACGGGGAGGCCCAGGGAACGGGCUGGGCCAACUUCACGGAGUUCCAGCCUUUCGCCGGUACAGAAGCUGAUCCUGAAGACAAACAAGCCAAACAAAACCACAGCCAGACCGGUGCCACAGCAGAAGCGAGCGCCCCGUCCGGCUCUCCGUCAGCACCAGAAGGAGGGAAAGCUCCACUCGUGGCCUCAGACAGCAGCUCCUCCGGAGGAUCCGACAGCGAGGACGAAGACAAGAACGCUGCACCUCCUGCCAAGACUCCUGCAGAGAUCGCCAUGGAAACCACCUCCGACACCAAGACAGCUGACCUCAAAAGUGAGGAGAACCCGAUCCCUCUGGAGAAACUCUCCCUGUCGGAUCCUCCCGCGUGUUCGGAGCGGCCCGCCGAUGACCCGCCUGCAAACGCACACGCCGACAGGAAAGAGGAAGCGGCGCCGGCGCAGGAAGUGUCUGUCAACGGGCCGGUUUGAGCGUAAGGCGCUCUCUGCUUCUACGGCGUUUUCACUCUGCCACGCUAUCGGACAUGGACACUGCCAACCAACGACAAGGCGGAACCGUCAAACCCAGAACGCCGGAGCCGAGCGGCGAGGAAUCAUGUCCAAGCCUUUUUUUCUGAUGUUGCACAUAAUUCUGUGCUCUUUUAAUGUAGCAGCGUUCUUUAAAAAAAAACAAAAAAACACAGAAUCCGGGGGAACGCCGGCCUGCUUAUUUUUUUAAAGUCCUCAAAGAUUUCUCCGGUCUCCCCGUGGGUUGGAUUUUACCCGGUCGCCCCCGAAAGGAAAGCACAGGCUGACUUUUAAUGAUGCCUCAACAAUAAAUACUUGUUUUUUUGAAAAUAUUCUUUUUUUUCCUCUUCAAGCUUAAUAAAAGCACUUAUGCAGCCAUUUACUGUACAUUCAAGCACAGCGUUGUUCUCAUGUGUGCUGGCUGGUCUUCAUGCAGGUCCGUUCCCGUCUCGCCAUCAGAAGAGGAGGAGGAGGAGGAAGGCAGCUCCACCAACUGCUCCAAUAGUAUUAUUGUCUGCUCGCGUGCAAUAAUGUCAGCCCUUUAUUUAAAGUCACAUUUUUUUUUCUUUCUUAAUCAUCCAAAACGUUUGUGAAGAUUUGAUUUUCCCUUUCUGUGCAUCUUGAAGCGGUUUUCUGUCGACCUAGCUAGUGAGCAAAGACCUUCUGAUUGUAAUGAUCUUUGAGUUCUUCAUGCUGUCUCCCUGAAAUCAACCAAACCUUAUCUACCUAUACACAAAUAUUAUCUACACUUAAAAAAAGGUAAUUUAAAAAGCAAUUCCCCAU